AUGGAAGGAAGAGAAGGGAUGAGUUCUGGGGUUACAGUGAUCGGGGCAGAAGCUCCAUCAGUCUAUCAUAUGGCACCAAGGAAUGAAGCUCCAAGCCAGGGUGGUCCUCCUGUUUCUGAAGCACCACUUGGAGCUGUUGGUGUGUCACCGGUGAGUGUGGGGUUGGAUGGAGCAUCAAUUAAGAAGAAAAGGGGUAGACCAAGAAAAUAUGGGCCAGAUGGGUUGGUGAGUAUGGCAUUGUCACCCAUGCCCAUCUCAUCUUCAGCCCCAUUUUCAAAUGAGUUUUCAUCUGGGAAGCGGGGCAGAGCACGGGGGAUGGAGUACAAGCUGGCGAAGAAAUUUGGAAUGGAUCCUCUUGGUGGCUCUGAUGGUACAAGCUUUAUGCCUCAUAUCAUUACUGUCAAUAGUGGCGAGGACAUAGCAAUGAAGGUUAUAUCUUUUUCUCAACAAGGACCCCGUGCUAUAUGCAUCUUAUCUGCAAGUGGUGUGAUUUCAAAUGUCACACUUCGUCAGCCUGAUUCGUCUGGGGGAACUUUGACCUACGAGGGCCGUUUUGAGAUACUUUCCUUGUCUGGAUCAUUCAUGCCUGCUGAAAACCAAGGAGCAAGAAGCAGGUCUGGAGGGAUGAGUGUUUCAUUGUCAAGUCCAGACGGUCGUGUUGUAGGUGGUGGAGUUGCUGGUUUACUUGUAGCUGCAGGUCCUGUGCAGGUGGUGGUGGGAAGCUUUUUGCCAUGCAACCAGCAAGCUCAGAAACCAAAGAAGCCAAAGUCUGAAUAUGCAGCAGCUACUGUUACCCCUAUCCUUGCAGUGUCAUCUGCACCACCCCCUAAUAAUGGUGAAAAGGAGGUUGUCCUCGGUGGACACAUACUGCACAACUCAGGAACAACCCUUAACUCAAACCUUGCUCCUCCCCUGGCCUUUCGCCGAGAAAACUGGGUUAACAUGCACCCGAUGACAGACUCGAUGAAGUCGGCUACUGACAUUAACAUAUCCUUGCCUGAUAGUUAA